AUGGGUAUAAGCGCUGAUGUCACUUUGCCUCCAGUGAAGGAGACUGUCGUCAAGGAGACGGUACAUGUCACCCUUCCUCCGCAGGUGGUCAAGGAAACAGUUCAUGUCACUUUGCCUCCCCACGUUGUCAAGGAAACAAUCCACGUUACGCAGCCUCCUCACAUCAUCAAGGAGACGAUUCAUGUUCCUCAGCCUGCGCAGACGGUACACAUAACACAACCUCCCCAAGUCAUCCAUCAAACGGUCCAUGUCACCCAGACGGUCAGCCACUGCGCAACAACAAUCGCAGCGCCAGUCUUGGGCCAUCAACCCUCCCCACCUCCGGCAGUGCAUCCCUCAGCGGCACCAGCAGUACCGCCGGUUCAUGAAGCUCCCCCGCCGGCCCACACCAUGGCUCCUCCGGUACAUACACCUCCACCGGCCGCGCACCCUGCCCCGGUAGCACCGCCGGUUCACCAAGCGCCGCCAGCCGAGGCAAUGCCCGUUCAUACGCCUCCUGUUGAGGCCAUGCCGGUACACACACCUGCCGCUGCCCCUCUCGUUCACGAAGCCCCGGCAGUUGCUCCUCCAGCCCACGUGGCGCCUCCCACUGAGGCUGCGCCCCCUGCUCAUCAGGUCCCUCCCAUUGGGUUCACACCAAUCAACCCUCCAGCAGAGGCGCCAGCGGCACCAGUCGAACCAGUGGCUCCACCGGCACACCCUAUGAAGAUGAGGUUCAUGGCUCGGAGAUAA